AUGAAGGAGGAAAGAGGAACUCGAGGAGACGAGACUUUGGGCACGCUGGAAGUGAGUACUCACAUUGAAGACUCUACCCCCAGCAACAACAAUGAUGUCAUACGUGUCACGUCGCUGGCGCCUAUCUUUGUGCGCCCAGCACUCGCACCACCACCAGCAUUCACACCACCACCAGCUUUCACACCAACACCACCAUCCACAAUGCCAACACCACCAUCCGCGUCACCUUCGCCAUCAUUUGCACCACCAUCUUUGUCAUUCGCGCCGGCACUAGCGCAUACCCCAGCGACACCAUCACCAACGACCACUACGCCAUUCCCAACGUGA